AUGUCAGCAACAGAUAAAAAAUCUCAAUCAAAUUAUGGAAUGCGAAAAUGUAGUUCAGAAAAAAUAAUUACAAUGAAAAAUCCUUUACAUUUCCUAUUACAACCAAUUUCAACAUCAACAUUAGAAUUACAAAAAGUUCAAAUUUUAGAUACAAAUAUUUCAAUUGAAGAUGGUUUUAAUGUUAUAAUUGACCAAUUAUCAGCACCAGUUUAUGAUUCAAAAAAAGAGAAAUUUAUUGGAAUUUGUGAUUUAAAACAUUUUUUAAGUUAUAUACUUUAUAAAUUACCAUUCCCACCAACUGGUGAUUACGUCGAAAGUUCAAUAACCGAUAUGGAGUUAUUCCCAUUCACGAUAUUGGAUAAGAAAUCAUCAGUUCUUCAACUUUUGAAAUACUUUGAUACCGGUGUUCAUAGAGCAUUCAUUUUAAAUGAAAAGAAACAAAUUGAAAUGAUUACUCAAUUAUCAAUUUUGAAAUGGUUUAAAGAUAAUGCUCAUGAAUUUGGUGAUAUGAAAAAUAAGGAUAUCAUCUCUUUAGAUCGUACUUACAACCUUCAUUCCUUCUCAAAAGUACAUUCAAUCCUUGAUACCGAACCUGUCUUUAAAGCAUUUCAAUUAAUUCAAAAAUAUAAAAUUUAUGGUAUGCCAAUUGUUAAUGAUAAAAAUCAAAUAGUUGGUAAUAUUUCAAUUCAUGAUUUAAAAUAUGCAUCAUCAAAUUUAGAUAAAUUAUCAUUACCAUUAAAAAUGUAUGUUGAAGAAAGACCACCAAUAACAUGUGAUAAAUCUACAAAAUUAUCAGAAUUAUUCAAUAUAUUUUUAAAUAAUCAAAUUCAUAGAGUUCAUUUAGUUGAAGGUGGAAAACCUAUUGGUAUUAUAACAAUAACUGAUAUUAUUUCCAUGAUUUACAAUCAUACACUUUCAAGUAACCCAGAUAAUAAAUCAUCAUCAAUUCAAAUGUAG